GAAAGAUAUCAGUCGUUUGAUUAGUAAGUGAUGCCAGCUGCUUUGACUGAAUGAAGACGAACUCGCGUUCUUUGUGGUGAAUUUGUGUAAAACCUUAUUAAUUCUGCAUUGAAGUUUACUGAAGCCUCGCGCAGUGAAGGGAAGGUGGGUGCGUUUACAGCGGUGUGUGCUGCAAGACGUCGUCGGUGGUUAUGUAAUGGCACGAGUGUAGUACAGUACUACAUAAGUAGAUACAUUGUAAAUUUCCGUGUGAAGACGGUCAAUGAAGCUUCGGUCGACGCUCCCUACGCAAGCCCUUUGUACGCGUCGGAUGCAUUAACGCUAACAGGGCACGUUGUGGAAACAACUUUGGGGUUCAAAACUGCGUAGUCGACUUCACCGACGUGCUACUGGCCCUGUGUUAAAGCGGCCUCUCCGUCCGUACCCGAAAAAAAGAAGCGCAAAAGCACGAAAUGUCACGACGAGACUCUGACGACGCCGCAAGCAGUCCGCAUGUGGCAGACAGCGACGACAACGAGUCCGGGGAAUUUGAAGGCGCCGUCGGCGGCGUGGCGGCACACCCAGCGCCGUCUCCAUGGGCUGCAUUCCCCGAUCUCAUCAGAGUCCGCACGAGCCCAGGAGGGACAGGCAGCAUGGGAAGCGAAGGAAAUCUCCAACACGGCGAAGGGCAAGGCGACAACCCCUCAGGCCCCCGCGUUAGAAAUGCGAACCCACCUGACGUUUCGCUUCACGCUCGCGAAGGUGCGCCAAGCGACGAUGUCAACCUUCUUAAUUUCAUACCUAGCUCCCACCAGCGAGUUGGGGGCGCACUUCCCGACAUGGCUGCGGAAUCGGAACUCAGACACACCAUGCAAGCUUCGUCGUCGCUUUCGCCUGCGGCGCGCGAGCACAUCGCCGAAGUGCGCCCGACUCUGCGCGGCUCACCGCACGACGCCGGGUCGUCAUCGCGCCGGGGCGGCAGCGACCAGCCCGGCACGUUGGCCAGCAUGGCUGCUAAUGUCCAAAGAAGUUCAGCGAUCUGCCGCAGCGGCCGACCGUCCUGUGGCCGAGACAAUUGCCCCGAUGCCGUGGACGCGGCCGCGUUGCGAGAGUCCAACGCCGCGCUGACGCGCCGUUUGUCCGCGAGCGAGAGCCGAGUCCGCGACCUUGAAAACCAGCUGCGAGACUUGCGCGAACGUGAAGCGCGUAGCGAACGCAACUUUCAACUCGUCGUGAACGAGUUGCACGUUGUUCGUGAAUCGCUCAUGGCCCUCGAGCAUUCGUCUAGGUCUCUUGCCGAAAGAUUCGAGGCGAACAUCGGGGGCGGUGCAGCUACCACAAGCGCCAAGGCGACCGGCCUUGAUGCGCCUCGCGGAUCCUGUGUUGAAGACCGGCUGUCCAGCAUCGAAACUUCUCUAGACAGACUUUGCUCGAGAAUUUCAAGUCUUUCUGGUCGCACAGACAUUGUUCCAGGAUCAGACGUCCCCACCCCUGCUGUCCAGUCGCUUACAAAGGACGAGGUAACACAAGCCGUGCAGGAGGCUCUACGCAGGCAGUCAACGCAACAGAAAUCUCUGCUUGAGGAUGAGCGAAGACGUCUCAUGCAGUCAUUUGCCGAAUCCUUCCAAGUUGCCAUUUCCCAGUUCCUUCAGUCACUUAACUCGGACAACUUGGACAGUUAACUGUGUGUGUGAACCGACAUGUCGUCUAGUUUCUCUAUCAUGAAUGAAAGAAAAACAUUCUGGUUCUUUCAUAUAUACUGUUACUCCUCACGUAAAAGCUGUAGAAGCACUGAAUACACUGGAACAAAAUGGUGCGUGGCUUGUAAAUGUAGGAUGUCGGUUUUCUUUUGAUCAACAGGAUGUAUUUUCUUCUUUCUUAGCGAUAACGCAAGCCAACAACGUGAUGUUUUUUUAAAAGAAGGAAAAUGGUUCUGCUACAGCAAAAAAAGAGAAAAAGAAGCCAUGUAUCCACAGGCAGUAUUGUUUGAUUUUAGCAAACUUGUUGCACUUUUAUGGGGGAAUACCAGAUAUUGCACCCAUGCAGUCUUCCAGGCAAACAGCAAUUCGCACUGAAGUUCUCAACAGAUUUAGAAAAUAACAUUUGUGGCCCUUCUAGAAAUUGACAGGAAGCUGCCAGACACUUGUAGCCAGCUUUAAACCUGUAGGCUUACUCCAGCUUUGUAGAUUUUUAAGAAUCACUGAUAGCUGAGGAUACUGGAGCAUGAACUCAACAGUGCUUAAGAGACCUAGCACACUUUCUAUAACAGUAGUAGCUGUGAAAUACAUUGUUUUGGUAUUGCAUACUUCCACAUAGCUGCACAUUUAUGAAUAUUGGGCAUGCAUUUCUUUUUGUUACCAGAAAGUGUCGUUUUCUCACUGGUGUUCUAAAUGUAGCGGCAGCGCACUGCUCCUUUUCCCAUCAGUGCUCACAUUAGAGCACGGCCACAUGCGAGCCGCCUUUAUGAUGCAUCUGUAUUGGGAGGCCUAUGCUGAAGCAUAGCCAUUGCAACUUUUCGGGCUCCAAUGUGGCUAUGAGAUUAAUAUUCACUCCAGUUUGACUAAGCUUACUGCAAGUUCAAGCCAUAGCCACAUCCUCAGUCACAUUCAGUGAUGUCAUGUACACUGCACACCAAUUGGCUAAAGCUCCAUAAAGGAUAUUCCUGAGCAGCAGUGUGCGUGACACUGAUGAAAUGCUGACCACUACAGAGUUAAUGAGAGAUGUUCCAUCACGCAAAAGCAUUGAGAGCGAUUGAUGACGAAUAGGGCAAGCGGAUGCUGUCAAUGCUACGAGAGUUGACAUCAGCGAUAGUUUGUUGCAAUGUCUUUUGAAUCUCGCUGAACGCAGGCUGCUGCUUUGCACCUUACUGAAUUGUGGAAAUGUCGUGAAUCUUCACAAUGAUGUCGGGAAAUAGUGUGGGCUAAAGCACUUUUUAUGUAUACACUCGGGCACAACAUAACUUGCACUUGGUGUACUGCACGCAUUACGGCACAUUUGGCACAGUAAUGCUUAGUUUCAUCCAUCAGCCGCUACAAUCAGCAAAGCCACAUCAUAGUGCACAUGCAGGUCUUUUAUUUUAGCUUUGUUCAGCAUUUCAACUUGAAAUUUUCAUGUCUCUUGCUGCUUAAAGGUGCCAAAGUAAAAGCGUUAAGCGACUCUAGUGAAUGCUACAGGUGCCUAUUAAUUAUGCUUCUAUAAAUGAUGCAUGAACAAGGGAAGUCUCCAUCCGGAGCCUGCUUCAAUGUGGGGCCCUGUCAUUUACAAAGCAACAGCUUCUUUUCACUGGCAGGGCUAAAGUGGAGAAGGGCCCAUAUAUAAACCCAACCUGAGACACUGACAAAGGAAAAAAAAAAUUAAGUUAUGGGGUUUUACAUGCCAGCACCAUGAUUGGAUUAUGAGGCAUGCCGUAGUAGAGGAUUCCAAAAAAUUCGACGACCCUCUCGGUUUUUUUAUCAUGCACCUAAAUCAAAGUACACGGUUGUUUUCGCAUUUCACCCGUAUGGAAAUGCGACCACCGUGGCCGGAAUUUGAUACCGCGAUGUCAUGCUUAGCAGCCCCAACACCAUAGCCACUAAGAAACCACAGCGGGUCCUGACAAAGGAAAAUCCUCCUGUUGAAAUGUUAAGUCUCAGCUAAGGCUUCCCUUUGAACCCUACCUUUGUCUAGAUUAUUUUCACAUUUUCUACAAACAUAGGGUGAGCGCACCAUCAUGUAGAUGGUCUUGGUAGCCCACGAUUGACACCCGAAUGUUUGUCUUCGGUGUAUGCAAUGCUGAAUCAAUAGAGUGAUGUUCAUCUCAAAAUUUUCACAGCUAUUGAUGCAGUGGUGAAAGAGCACAGGGCCAGGAUAAUGUAACAAUUCUAUUCCAAUUCUUUUCCUUUGUGUUUUUCGUCAGCGGUCCAAAUGGCAGUCCACCUGCGUUAUCACCAGGAUCAGCCAAUCGUGAGCAGUGGAUAAUAGGAAUAGAAUCGAGCAAAAGGAAUCGCUUCAUUAUACCAUCCCAGGACUGUAGGUUCCACCUUACCAUUUCAUGAGCCUGUUCCUGUAAACCCAGCUCCUUGCGCUAUGCCUGCAACUGAAAGCAUUACUAAGUCAGAAAACAACAUCAGUGGGAUGAAAAAGCAUGAAGGCCAUAUUUCGUAAACAUUCUUUCAUUUUCCAUUCUUUUUUACCCUUCGCCAGUGGCUUACGUGCUGUCACAGCACCGCUAUCGCGAAGGUCAGCCACUCUGUGCAACAGAUGAUAAUUGAAUCUAAGCAGGAGAAUCGUCAUAGUACAGUCUUGGAAUACUUAUUGCUACUUGACAUAAUCACUUGCAAAUACAAUGUCUGUUCACUGCAUAUUCAGCCAUUUAAACAAUUUGCAGCCACAAAACUUGGCAUCAAAAAAGAAAUUGCGUGAGCAUUGCUUUACUUGUUCACAUUUCAUUCUGGCCCAGUAGUACAUGCCUGCCAUAAACCUUUUCUUGUAUUUACAGCUAUGAAAACUUAUAACCCUUGCAGCUUCACUGGUCUCAUUUCUGCUAUGAUUUAGACUUUAUCUGUGUGCCAUUUACCUACAGGCAUGUCAGAAAAUUUGCCAGCCAACUUUGCUGGAAAAGAACCUUAAAAGCAGACUGUUUCACUUUCGGCUGACAAUGCUGCUGUAUUGAACACGCUUACCUGCUAAUACAAAUAGUUGGUUUUUACACAUGGUUAUCAGUGUAGGUGUACUAACGCAGUGCGUGAUGCAUCUCGGCCAGUCUUUAGCUGUAUUUAGACUUGCCAUAGUCGCCCUGCAUGCAGUGAAGUGGUUAGAAAAUUUCAAUAGCCCAAGAUAACGGCGCCACAAUGCAUAAUUAAACUUGCCUGCGUGCACCUGUGCAGGUUGUAGUGCUACUACUAAGCAUGCCCUUUAGAUAACUGCCUGGAGGUUCACAUUGCAAUGCAUUAGUUUUUACGCAGGGGCCGUUAUAUUUAUUUUUUUGUCAUUCCCCCUUGGAAAUCUCGAGGCAACUUUUGAUUGUGACUACACGGGACUUGCACAACGAUGGUAUUCUUGCUCUGGAAAUGUGCCACAAAUAAAAAUUCUUUUAGAAUCA